UUUUGGGUGUUUCAUCCGUGAUUGUAUCAAGAUCAUUCACAGAAUUGUGCAAGAGGUAUAUAUAAAUUGCCAAAUGAUGAAUGUAAUGUGCAAGAAAGGUAUGAGCGAUCUCACGUACACAAUAGUUUCGGGUACUUUUGUCAAUUCAACACGUUUGACAAUUGAUAAUCUCAUUUUGCUAUAUGUAAACGGUUUUGAAUGUUUGAAUGUAUUCAAGGAGCUUAGAACGAGAUUAUUUUCAAAUGUAAACAUACUAUUUGUUAUGUAUGUAUAUAUCAUUAAAUAAUAGAUAUUUGAAUAAAAGUAUUGAAGGAGCUUAGAACGAGAUUAUUUUCAAAUGUAAACAUACUAUUUGUUAUGUAUGUAUAUAUCUUUAAAUUAUAGAUAUUUGAAUAAAAGUUUAUGUAUUAAAAAGGAACCAAAAAAAUAUUAAUAACAUUUCAAAGAAAUUUCAUUUGUGAUAUUAUUUCGGUCAUGACUGACAAUUUUUAGCUAUGGAAAAUAUAUGGUCAGUACUGACCAUGUAAAAUACAUAAGAGCGAACAGUAUAGAUGUAUAGUUCAUUCAGUAGGGAGGUAAGGAAAAUGGAGGCACCAUCAGGAAGUGGGGCGAGUAACGCCGAAACCUGGCCAUUGUUCGAUAAUAUGAGCUUUUUAAAACAAUAUAUACAGCCCAGACCAAAUGGUUGCACCACAAACAUUUUAGAUGAUAUGUUUUCGCAGGAGCUGUUGGAGCCAAUUAGUUUUAAAUGUUCUCAGACUAAUUUAUCGUCGCCUUCGGAGUUGUCGUUUUCAACUCCGAUCCGGAAAAGAGUAAAGAAAACAAACAGCGAUGACGACGGCUGCUUCAAAGAAGCGUGCGAGCUAUACAAAAGCAUGUGUGCAGAGAGGAGCAAAGGCAGCGAGGCGGUGAGGUCGUUUGGUGUUAUGUUGACCUCUAUCAUGAACGAUAAUAACAUAAAACAAAUGAAAGCAAUACAAGUUUUAACAAAUUCAUUAUUUGCUAUUAAAUCGGAACCCGAAUAAUUUUUUUUUUAUUUUUAAAUCAUUUGUUUGUUGUUUUAUACAUAUAUUGAAUUAAUAUGUAAAAAUGUUUAAAAGGCUUGUUACCUAGACGUAAGAAACAACGAUGUAUCUCAUUUUUCAAAAAUAGUUUUAAAAUGUUUAAAACGCUUGUUACCUAGACGUAAGAAACAACGAUGUAUCUCAUUUUUCAAAAAUAGUUUUAAAAUGUUUAAAACGCUUGUUACCUAGACGUAAGAAACAACAAUGUACCUCAUUUUUCAAAAAUAGUUUUAAGAAUGUAUUUGAAAAAAAAAAUAAAACAAUUUGUUUUUAUAACUCUUUAAUUUUGUGUCUUUGUCUUUUAUUUUUUGUG